AUGAAACUCGUCCAGUCUCACCUCGCUCUCGCUCUCAUUGCCGCCGUCGAAGCCGCCAAGCAUGGCCACGGGCAUAGCCACGGCCACGGCCAUCGCGGCCAUUCCAUCGACGCUCCGCUCGAGAAACGAGGCGGAUCCUGCCAGUUUCCCUCGGAUGCAGGACUGGUGGCCGUUACGCCCAAUCUGCUGAAUGGUGGGUGGGCCAUGAGCCCCGACCAGAAGUGUACGCCAGGAAACUACUGUCCCUACGCCUGUCCCCCUGGUCAGGUGUCCAUGCAGUGGGACCCCGAUGCGACGUCGUAUAGCUACCCCAAGUCCAUGAACGGCGGUCUCUACUGCGACGAGGACGGAAACAUCCAGAAGCCCUUCCCGGAUAAGCCGUACUGUGAGGAUGGCACAGGUGCCGUGGGGGUGCGCAACAAGUGUGGCAGCGAGGUCGCGUUCUGUCAGACCGUGCUGCCCGGUAACGAGGCCAUGUUGAUCCCGACUCUCGUGCAGGAACUGGCUACGCUCGCGGUGCCUGGUCCCAGCUACUGGUGUGAAACGGCGGCGCACUUCUACAUCAACCCGCCUGGAUAUGGCGCUGAAACUGCCUGCGUCUGGGGCACGUCUUCCAACCCGUACGGAAACUGGUCACCGUACGUGGCGGGCGCCAAUACCGACAGCAACGGCAACACGUUCCUGAAGAUCGGAUGGAACCCGAUCUACCUGGAGCCGACGACGCCGUUCCGCAACGAGGUGCCCUCGUUCGGCGUCGAGAUUGAGUGUGAGGGCGGUGGCUGCAACGGAUUGCCCUGCAAGAUCGACCCGUCCGUCAACGGGGUCAACGAGAUGGUUGGCAGCGCGGUGGACGGGGCCGGCGGCGCAGCGUUCUGUGUGGUGACCGUGCCCAAGGGAGAGAAGGCCAACAUCGUCGUGUUCGAAACGUCCGGCGGUAGUGGUGGCAGCAGCCAUACCUCGUCGAGCAGCGUGGCCCCGUCUACCAGCUCCACCGUCGCCAGCAGCACUAGCACUAGCACCAGCACCAGCACCAGCUCGACCAGCAGCAGCGCAGCCACGAGUGUCCCCGCGACGACCUCCUCCACCAAGAUCAUCCACACUACGUCCGCGACCGCCACGUCGGCGCCCAGCUCGGCCAUGCAAAUGCCAUACAGCCACCCUCCGUUGUUUGGCGGACCCAGCUACACCUACAAGCCGGGGAUCCUGAUCGAGACGGGCAGCAGUGGCGGGGACUCGGCGCAGGCCAUGUCGACGAACACGCCGGAGCCCAGCAAGGUGUCGGACGAGAACGCAGCCAGUAGCAUGAAGGCGUCGAUGCUGGGACUGGUGUUGGGGGUUGCAGCCGCGAUGGUUUAA